AUGCCAAAUCGUAAAAAGCCGAAUACAUUAUUUUUGCCGGCUCGAAUUAAGCGGCUAAUGCAAAAAGAUGAAGAAGUCGGUAAACUUUCUGCAACAGUUCCGGUAAUUGCAGCACGUGCAUUAGAACAAUUUCUUGAAGAACUUAUUACAAAAACAGCAUCAAUAACAAUUUCACUUCAAGCAAAAACUCUAACACCUGAUCAUAUUCGACAACAUAUAUAUGCUGAUUCACGUCUUUCAUUUCUUCAUGAUUUAGCUAAUCGAAUGGCAACUGGACCAAAUCAUACUAGUCGAUCACUUUCAACAUCUUCAGCUACAUCAACACCAUCAACAACAGCACAUCGUCCAUCAUUUCAACAACAAUUAAGUAUACCUUAUCAAGACCCAUUACCAUCAACAACAUCUUCAAAUUCAACGAAUUUACUUUAUAUUAAUCAACAAUUAAGUCGUUCAUAUUCAAAUCAAUGUUAUACAAAAAUAAAAACAAAUAAACGAAGUUUUGAUCUUGUUGAAGACGAACAAGAUGAAGAGGAUGAUGAUGAUGAUGAUGAUAAUGAAGAUGAUGAACCAUUUAUAGCUGAUCAUACAGCCACAUGA